ACACUGUAAUUGAGGAUCAAAGCUCAGUGUUUCUGCUUCUCAAUCGGUACAUGAGCUGUUCAGCUGCAGAAGGCACAAGUGGCAGGAAGCAUCUCAUCUAGACAUUUUGUCAUUGAGGAAAAGCGAAAAGGGAAGGCUUUCGUAAGCAGCACAAAGCUGAAGAUGGAUGUUAAGAGCAUGAAAAACUAUCUCUAUUGGCUAUUCUGCCAGUUUGAACUAAUCACCUGCAGCUAUCUGAUGGAGCCCUGGGAAAAAGUGCUCUUCUACACCUUUAACAUCACAAUGUUAUUUAUGUUGUUGUACACUGCUUACAUCUUUGUCUCUGCCCACGUCAGCUCGGCUUUUCGAUUCUUCUUGCACUUGUUUGGAAACCAACAGGAAAACACUGUUUCUGUCGUGAAGUAA